AUGUCCAUCGACGAUUGGCCCGCGAUCGACGACGCGUUACUUCGCUACGCCCUCGAGUGCGGCGUCGCGAUCGAGUCGUUGACCGGGGACGACGCGGUGAUUCAGUUUGUCCCGCAGAGGUCACAAUUGGAAAUUACGUCGCGUUGGAACAAAGCUCUGCGCGACGACGCGUUCGCGCGCGCGUUCGCUUCGAGGAUCAAAGCGCUGCCCGACGAAGAGAUCUUCAAAGCCGUGGACGAGCGAGCGCGAUGGACGCCGGGACCGACGCUGCGAGAGGCGCUCGAGGGAUUGCCCUCGAAGCGGACGCGAGGCGGAGACGGGAAAGAUGACGAUUCGACGAACGAAGAUGUUCCGCCGCGAUUCGGGGAGGCGGAACAGGCGAUUCUACGCGCGGCUGGUCGAGCGAGGGGUGAUGGGGAGGAUAUGCAGGUGGUGAAGGCGGACGCGGCGACGCUGAGGAAAAUUGCGGCGUUGGAGCGGAGCGCGCAGGCGGCGACGGCGCGAUUGGCCACAUCGAGAGGCGCGCUCGCUGAGUUAGUGGGGAUGAGCGCGACGUUCGUGAUCACAGAGCGCGAGAGCGUGAUCGGGCGAUCGACGGAGGAGUUGAAGGUGGACGUCGAUUUGUGUGAGGCGGGAAACGCGAGCAAAAUUUCUCGGCAGCAGGCGUUUUUAAAGCUGCGAUGGAACGGGGAGUUCGCGCUUCGUAACGUCGGUCGCCGACCGAUUUGGUGCAAUAACGUCCCCUUGAGCACCGGGCAGCGAUGUAUUUUGGCCCCACACACGCUGAUCGAGGUCGGCGGGAUGCGUCUGUUGUUCAUGCCCAACCCGACGUUGAUUCGCGCUGAGAGUCCAAUCGGGGCGUAA